GGAAGAGAUGGAGGCAGGUGCAGCCUCGAGAGACCUGAUGGAUAAAAACACAUACCAGAUGCAAUUUACAAAUGACCUUUCACAGUUAGGGUUGAACAAGACCUACCUGUGCUACGAGGUGGAGCUCCUGGAUAGCAACUCCUGGGUCCCGCUGGACGACUGCAGGGGCUUCCUCCGUAAUCAGCCAGGCCUCCAUGCAGAGUUGUGCCUCCUGGACCUGGUUCCUUCUUGGCAUCUGGACCCCACGAAGCGCUACAGGUUCACCUGGUUCCUCUCCUGGAGUCCCUGCCCUGACUGUGCCCAGAAAGUUGUUGCCUUCCUGGAGAGGAACAGCCAUAUAAGCCUGCACAUCUUCGCCGCCCGCAUCUAUGAUUACCGGGAAAGAUAUGAGAAGGGGCUGCGCUCACUGCAGGGGGCCGGGGCCCAAGUGGCCAUCAUGACCUCCACAGAGUUUAAGCACUGCUGGAGAACCUUUGUGAACAACAAGGGAUGUCUCUUUGUGUCCUGGAAUAGGCUGAAUAUGAACAGUCAGAACUUAAAGAUGAGACUGCAGAGCAUAUUAGAGAAUGGGAACAACUGAGAAGACACCCUUAGUAUCUACAGAGAAGGCUGGGAACCUCUGUUGAACAAAGAAACGUAAUCAGUUGCCUUCAGGAAAUGUAAUCACACAGUUCACCACGAUCUCUAGAUUGCUCAAAAUUGAGUGGCAAAAGACAAAGAGCACACAAGUAUUAAAGUUUUUUAAAAUCACAGCAGAAUUACUUUAAAAUUUAUUGUAUGUUUAUUAUUGAUUAUAAAAAAUUAUAAUCAAUACUAUCAGAAUGAAUUUCAAUUUUUUUUAAAUUUCAAUUUUUAAUAUGAUAAUUAUUUAAUCGGUUUUAAAUCCAGAGCAAUAAAAUGAACUACUGAGAAACUUUAUGAAAUUAUUUUUUGCUUUGUAAGAAUAUCACAAAUUCCAAAUAGUUAAAUAAAC